GUCCUUCAAUUCCAACACAUCGACAACAACAUUAAAAAUGGAGGCUAUUCCUCGGAUGUUGAUGCUCAGUGUUGAGCUAAAAGAAAGUGCCGAAAGAGUUGAAUUCGGCCAUGAAAUUAAACAGCACAUAUCUCAGCAUUACAUGGAAGAUGCUGCCAAAUACAAUGAACAAAUCAGACAGCUGGACCAAUUUCGAACUAAUGCUUGUAAUGUGACAAGAGAUUUCAAUGGCAUCAGUACACUCAAGAAAUACUAUGGCCAGCUUCAUCUACUUUCCAGCCGAUUCCCAGCAGAUCUCUUUACAUUCUCAUGGAUUGAUACAUUUGAUGAGGAACCAUACACACAUACUGACAUCCUCUUUGAGCAGUCAUGCAUCCUGUUCAACCUCGGGACCCUGCAUUCCAUCCUAGGAGCAAUCGAGUCACGUGCUUCAGAAGAGGAGAUGAAGGUGGCAUGCACCCACUUUCAGUGUGCAGCAGGAGCUUUCACCUAUCUCAAAGAUAACUUUCAGUGUGACAUGAGUCCUGAUAUCUCCUUUGAGCUGAUGAACAUGUACAUCAACACAAUGCUGGGUCAAGCCCAGGAGUGCCUGCUGGAGAAGUCGAUGCAGGACAACCGUAAGAGUUCCCUGGUGGCACGCAUCAGCAUGCAGGUGGUGGAGUACUACCGGCAGGCUCUGAAGGGCCUGGAGGACUCCAACAUCAGCAGUCUGAUGGGCUCCAGGAGGAACAAGUGGUGGAAGAAGACCCUGCAGAUCAAGGCCCAUCACUUCACAAGCAUUGCUUACAUGUUCAUGAGCAAUCAAGCAGAAGAACAACAGAAGUUUGGCGAGAGGCUUGCAUACCUGACCUAUGCACAGACCAAACACAAUGAAGCUGUCAAAAUGAGCAAGGGUCAACCAGAAAGCAUUACCGAGGCCCUCAACUUUGCCAAGGACGUGGUGAUUGGAAAGUUCCAGUCUGCCAAGAAAGACAAUGAAUUUGUUUACCAUGACAGUGUGCCUUCUUUUGAGAGCCUGCCUGAAAUCAAAGGUGCAUCGUUAGUUAAAGCUCUCACAUUCCAGCCAUACGAUGAAGCAGUAGCAGGACAUGAUAUCUUCAGAAAGCUUGUUCCAAUGGAAGCUCAUGAGGCAUCAUCCCUCUACAGCGAGGAGAAGGCAAAGUUGCUCCGGAGAGUCGUGGAUAAUAUCGAAGACAAGAACAAGAAACUUGAUCAAUAUUUGGCAGCGGUUCAGCUAGAACAACUGAAGCUGCCAGGGAGUGACCCGGAAGUACUUCCACAGGUCUUACUAGAAGUGUGUGCUGCCCUCAGUGUCAAGACAGAGCCAAUAAAGACGCUAGUCAGCUCCAUGAAAGAACUGUCUGGAGUAGUCAUGGACGUGGACUCUUCCUUGAAAGAGAUUGAACAACUCAUUGAACAGGAUGGAAAACAAGAAACAGAGUCCCAGCUGGAGUUUGGGACAAAGAGUGCCAAGUCCUUGGAAGAGAUGAAGAAGGAUCUUACAAAGUGUAAGGAGCUCCACGCCACAGCUAGCCAGUCUAACACGGAGCUCCACAAGGCCAUGCAGACACACAUGGAGAACAUCAAGCUCCUGGCGUCUCCAGUGGAGACCCUCCAGGCAACCCUUCCCUCUGCUAAGGGAGCCAGAAAUGAAGAUGAUGAUGAGGCAGAGAGGAAGAUGCAGAAGCUGGUUACUAAGGUGGAUGAGAUGAAGACACAGCGGCAGACAUUAGAACAGCAGCUGAGAGAUCAUAUACGAGAUGACGAUGUAACAGGAGGAAUCGUAACCAGGACCAAAGGAAGCAUGCAGGAGUUCUUCCAGAAUGAAUUGAAGAAACAUGAGACUCUGAUAACCUACCUGGAGCAGAAUCUUUCUGCCCAAGACAACAUCCUGAAGGCUAUGACUGAAGCCAAUGCUUCUUAUGCUGAAAGGCGGAAGAUGGUCACCAAUAUCGGUUCAAAGCGUGAGGAAAAGAUUGGAGAACUCAUCAGCUCCUACACUGUAUAUGAUGAUCUGAUAGAGAAAUCUAACAAGGGCAUCGGCUUCUAUAAGAAACUGGAAGGAACCGUGACCAAACUACUCAACAAGACUAAAGGAGUUGCGAAGGCAAACCAUGAGGAGAGACAGGAGAAAACCAGAAAGAAAUAUCCACCCCAAAGACCUGCUGCCCCUAAACCAGUCUCUUCUGUAGCUGGUUAUCCAGUGCUAGGUGUGGCUGGACAAGGUCUACAGAUUGGACCAACAGGACUGGUGAUAGCAGGACCUCUAGGCCCCCCAGAACCUGUGCCUGUUUCUUCUGCUCCAAAAGGACCCAAACUCUCAGAUUACUGGAAGCCCAAAGCAGGAAGGACAGCCCAACCUCCUGCAGCACAACCCCCACCUACUCAACCUCAUGUGUUUCCAGGAAUGCCUGUCUCUGCUGCACCGGCAGUGUCCAUGCAAGGGCCAAGUCAGGGACCUUACUCUCAAGCAAGGAUGCCAGGAGGUGGAAUGCAUCAGGCACCUGUAGCAUUACCUGGUGCUCAACCAUUACCAGGUAGUGGUGCUGUUCUACCGCCAGUUGCACCCCAGGUCAGCAUGGCCCAGCCAAGGGCACCUGGACAGUAUGUAAGUCAAGGCGGUCAGGGGACACGACCAGUAGCGGCAGUACCACCAUCAAAUGCUGGACAACCUAUUCCUGCAGGACAUCAUCAACAAGGUUUUCCACCGUCUUCUCGGGCUAUGCCUCAAGAGGUUCAAAUGCCACCUCAGAACAUCUCACAGGGUCCUCAUGCAUCUCCUGUUCACCAGAGUAGGGUUCCGCAGCACCCUGCAACAUCCAUGACCAGACAGGAUAGUUUUUCAAGCAACUCGAGUCAAAGUCCUGUUCAUGUUCCUCAACAAGUUCCUGGAGGUGCGCAAGUCCAACCUGGUCAAGCUGUUCAGGCAUCUCAGAUGCCAUUGUCUGGUCAGCCUGGUGCCGUUCAUGCCAAUCCUCCAAUACCAGGUCAGAAUUACAACCAACAUCAGGUUGGACCAAACCAGGUUGGGAUGCCCGCUGGUGUUCAACAAUCACCUCACCCAGCUCAGAGCAUGGCUCAUCAUCCAGCUGCGUUUCCCUCACACCAGAUCGCAAGUUCAGGACAACAAAUUCCAUCGUCCAUACCUUCUCAUUCCCAACAGCAACCCAUUGCUCCUCAGUCUUUAAAUAAUCAGCCACCUGUGCAGCCUCCUGCAUAUGGCUCUGAACAACAUGCCAUAGCCAAGGCUGCAAGUAUGGGGAUGUCGACAGCAUCAAUGCAGCCAGGAGUACCUCCACAGGGCACUCCUCCUUCAUCCUACUCUUCAGCUCACCUGCCAAGUGCAACCAACACCACUCCCAGCCACAUGCCUGGUAAUUCGGUUCCUAAUCAGUUACCUAACCAACAACAAUACAUAGCACCGGGAAAUAUCCCACUUGCUCAUGGAGGACAACCUAUCCAGAAUACAGCUGUUCAGCCAGGUGCGUCCGUGGUUAACAACACACAAAUUGGUAAUAUUCAGAUGCCAUCUCAAGUUGGUAUGCCACAGCAUCAACCAAACUUACCACAUGGGCAACAAGGAGGAAACUUGCAGCAACAGCAGCAACCACCCAAUUCUGGAGUAAGGACAGUAGUCCCAAACAUUCAAGCGGUGCAGCCAUCUGCAGGAACUGGUUCAUUUCCACAACAGCAAGGGAACUCUCAAAUGAUUAGACCUCAACAACAACAGUAUCCAGAGCAACAAAGUUAUCAAUCAUUAAAAUCACAGCCACAGCCUCAGCAAACUAGCAUGCAGCAGACUUAUCCUCAAAUAGGGAACAAAGUUCAGCCCUCUCAGCAGUAUCAGACACCACCUGCUGCUCCCCAUCAGCAACCACAACAUUUGCAACAACAACAACAGCAUCCACAACAAGGCUUUGUUUCACAACAGCCACAAGUACAACCUGGACAUCAGGUUCCAACACCACAUCAACAGAACGUCCCAGCACAACAGCAACAACCUAACAUACAACCUGGAAAUCAAGUUCCCACAUCUCAUCAACAGAACGUUCCAGCACAACAGCAACAACCUAACAUACAACCUGGAAAUCAAGUUCCAUCAUCUCAACAAAAUCUUCAGAUGCAGCAGCCACAAGCCUACCACCAAGGAUACAACAAGAGUCCACAGCAGCAGAUCAACCUACCAUUACAACAGCCUCAAGGCUAUCAACAAACACCAGGUGGUACCCCUUACCAAUCCUCUCCAAGCAAACAGUGUGUGCCUUCUGGGCAACCACAAGGUGGUAUGCCACCUAUAGCAGGUAAUUCAACUGGGCAACAGGUACCCAGUUCCAUACCACAGCAAGUUACUGUAAGACCUGGAUCGUAUCAACAAAUACCGCAGCAGUCUCAUCAGCAGCCACAACAAAAUCUACAACAACCAGGAGUGCAACAACAGCAAAUUAACCACCAGCAGUAUCCUGCACAAGGGCAGCAAUAUCCUGCCCAGCAGCAGCAACAUCCUCCACAGCAGCAGCAACGACCUACACAACAUCAUCAACAUCCUGCACACCAACAACAACCUGCACACCAACAACAUCCUCCUAAACAGCAGCAACAACCUGUACCACAGCAGAAACAUCCCCAACCGCAGCAAUUUUCUGCACAGCAGCAGCAGCAACAUCUUUCCCAGCAGCAGCAGCAACAUCUUCCCCAGCAGCAGCAGCAACAUCCUCCCCAGCAGCAGCAGCAACAUCCUCCCCAGCAGCAGCAACAUCCUCCACACCAGCCACAAUAUCCUCCCCAGCAGCAACAGCAUCCUCCCCAACAGCCACAAUAUCCUCCACAACAGCAGCAGCAGCAACAACAACAAACUUUUCCUCAGCAGCAACCAAUGCCUCAGUAUCAGCAGAGUCAACAGCACAUGCAGCAACCUCCGCCCCCAGCACCCAACUCCAAUAUUGUGUCUCAGUCCAAUAUCAGACCACAAUUCCAACAAAAUCCUCCUCAAAUGCAGCAACCGUUGCGACCGAUAAGUUCUGUACAACAGAUAACACAGAAACAGAGCUUCGAGCAACAAAGACUACCACAACCAGUGUUGCAGCCAAUGAAAGCCAGUGCUAAGCCUGCAACCGAUCUUCUAUCAACUAGCCCUGACAGGCAAAAUCAGCCUCUGAAUGAUGUUCUUGCACCGCAUAGUGUUGCAGCAAAAGCAGAGGUUCAACCAGAAGCUACACAACCUGCUGCAGAUCCAAACUCAAAUGUCUCUGUUCUUGCCAGCAUAGAAGUGCAGCCAAAUAGCAUUCCACAAAGUCAGCAACUGCCCUCUCAGAUUUCCAACUCAAGCCAUGCCACAGUUCCUUCAACUUCAUCCACCACAGACAUGUUGGCAGCAUUGAAGCUCCAACCAGCUCUUUCAAGCCCUCCUAUCAUCGCUGCCACACGGCCAUCUACAACGAGCAACCUUCAGCAACCACCACAACGAACACCAUCAAAGCCACAAGAAUCAUCAGCGGCAACGCAAUCAACAACUUUAGCCACGUUACCUGGAGAUAAGAACUCUUACGUUGAUAAGGAAUCCCUGGAGAAGUUUGUGGAGGAGGUGGAGAGACUGGACAUGUACGUAGAGGGAUUGAAUCGUAAGAUGCUGAGUGGUCCUACAGUCAUUGAAAGAUUGUGGAAGGAGCUGACCAAUUAUCAGGACAGGGAAACCCGUCAGUUUUCCAUUGCCAUCGCCCGUUGUUACUCGGUCAAGAACAGGCAUCCGGACAUCAUGCCAUAUGACCAUAACAGGGUGUGUCUUCGUGGCACCAGGGAUGACUACAUCAAUGCUAGCUUCAUCAAGGAUGUUGUCCCUACCAGUCCUUGCUUCAUAGCAACCCAAGCUCCUCUCCAGCCAUCUCUCAAUGAUUUCUGGCUCAUGGUCUACGAGCAGCAGGCUUCAAUCAUUGUCAUGCUGCUCUCCAAACCAGCUACAGGAAAGGGGUCAACAAACUUUGUGAGCUACUGGCCAGAGGACAAAGGGGCUGCCCAGAAGUUUGGUGACAUCUCUGUCAGCCUUCAGUCAAAGCGGACGACAGACUACCACGUGGAACGGAUCAUCCAUCUGACACAUCUUCCUACCAGACAGAUGAGGACCAUCACACAUCUACAGUUUACUGCCUGGCCAGAGUUUGGAGUCCCUAGCAGCCCUGGUGUCCUGCUUCAGUUUAUUGAUGAGGUUCAGAGCUACCAUUCUCAGCAACGCAAGACACAGAUCCCGAUAGUGGUACACUGCAGUGCCGGCAUUGACAGAACUGGUGUGUUCUGUUUGGUCUACACCGCCGCCCGUGAAAUUAACGAGGGUCAUGGGAUCGCGGACAUACCACAGGUCGUCAAGAAAUUGCGCCUCCAGAGAAGGUGGAUGAUAUCAGAGAAGGAACAACUUAAAUUCAGCUAUGAUGCUAUUCUGUGUUAUGCUCGGCACGCUCUUGCCAAACGUGGAGUUGCAACCAAGAGUGUAGCGGCUGCCUCUCCCCUUGAUGCUAAGCUUGCACCAUCCAGGCUCAACUCGUUUGAUGUCAUCAUGGGAACAGACAACGUUGACACCCUCAUCUCCCGCAUCUCCAAAUUCAGUGUCAAACCCAACCAACCUCCUGCUACUGAUACGGUGAAGGAAGAGGUUGUCCCCAGCGAGUGUGCUGAAGUAGAGAAUGUGGCACCAUCACAGUCCAAUGACGGAGAUAGUGUAUUCCAACAGGAAACUGUUGGGGAUAAGGUGAAUGGAGACAUGGUGUUCCAGGGUAUCACUGGUGACAGUCUCCAGGAUCCUGCCAGCAACUCCACCCAGGGCCUGCUCAGUGACACAGGAAGCAGUACCCCCUCCGGGAUCAGUUCCUUCACCUCCUCGCCGGCCCACUCCAACCAAAAGCCCCAAUCCCUUGACCAGCUUCAGGUCAACAACCUUGAAGUCUUCUCCCAGACGCUGCAGAACUUUGUCGCACCGGACGUCGUGGAAUCCAGCACCAAGCAGGACAAGGCCGACAACACCUCGGAAGGUUCCGGAUCGAUGGAAGGACCUAGUUCAUCCCUCCCAUCACUCCUGGCUGACCUUACGCCACAGAACUUCUCAAUGAAGGAGAAGGGUCAGACCAAGCAGAAGGUGUCCAAGGCUGAUUUCUUGGACGGGAAAGGGGGUCUCAAGGAUAGUGUUGAUAAGGUCGAUCCUGAUGAUCCGUUCAGUGGCCUGGAUCCUAUGUGGACUCUGAAGAACAAGAGCUCAGAACCAAUACAGCAGUGAUCCUGUCAAUCAAACAAUGUUGCAAUAUUUUAUGUUGCAAGUUGUAUUUAUGUUAUUUGUUUCACUAAUGUCCUUUGGCAAGACAUUGGUCUACAUUUGCCACACUCAACCCAGGUCAUGUAAAUGGGUACCUGGCAGGAAUUAAUUCCUUGAAAUGCUAGAGCGCCGCAGUGGCUGCCUUGCUAAAGCCAGGGUGAUAAUCGGGGCAGCGCCAGGAGCGUCACAAUGUGCUGGACAUGUGCGCUAUAUAAGAAGCCACCAUUAUUAUUAUUAUUAUUGGCGAGUACAUGUAAGUGCAAAGAAGUAGGUAGGUGGUGAAGUCCUCUUUGAGGUACUACAUGUAAGUGAUAUAAUUUGAAACUGCAAUAAAUCCAUGACCCAAGGUCACUGCUCUUACCGCAUUGUUCAUUUGUGAGUUUACCAUCACCCUCAUCUCUAUCAAUGAUGUGCUGCUUGAAAUUACCAGUUCAUGUAUGCUACGGAGUAGACAUUUCUUUUUAUUUUAUACACCAUAUUAGAAUGUUUAGUCAUUGAUGAUUUGAAAUUGAGAAAAUAUCAUUGAUUUCUGAUAAAGUGUGUUGAACUGUAUAUUUUACUGCCAUGGAAUAAAUGUAUAUUCAAGAGAAAGUUAUUUUUUAGUAUAUGUCAUUAUAGAUUGCAGACUUUUGAUGCUUUGAUAUUAGUUCAAGUGAACUAACACAUUAACGCUUUUAAUGUAAAGAUUAUUAGGUAAGAAAUAUUUAUAAUGAACUCCAUAGCGAAAAAUAUUACAAAAACUAGAUGUGCGCUCAUUAGCAUGUGCCGAUCCUUUCAUCUGCAACUGUACAUGAGAGAGCUUUAGCCUUCUUUUGUUUUCAUGUUAUUGCAAGAGUGAAAACUAUAUAACAAUUUUAAAAAAAGUUCCAUUGUCUGGCAUUUGCCUGCCUCUCGCAUUCAUACAUUAAAGGAGCAUGCAUUGUAAAGAGAAAAAUCAGAUUAGGGAAGGACAUGCUCUUGUAAAUCAAAAUUUCUGUAUAUUUGAUAUAGUAAUAUAAUCCUUCACUAAAGACACAUAUAUUUAACUCUGUCUUAUUUGUGCUGUAUAUUACGAAUUGUUAAUAUAUUGCGUUCGUUCUGUAACUGCCAUUAUUAUAAUUUUGUUUGUUUACCAUUAACAUUUCUUUUAGCAAGCUAUGUGCUUGUAGUUGCUUAGCACAUGGUAAGGGUAUAUGCAAUUUAAGUUACAUUAUCUUAGACAUUGUUUAUUACAUGAUGAUAAUAUUGGAUUUAUGUAGCGCUUUUUCUAGAGGAUACAAGGUGGUGUCCCUUAGUCUAAGGACAAAUUAAGAAUUACAGGGAUAUGUUCUCAGAUGUUUUUUGAAAGAGUCGAGUGAAGUACUAUAUGUCAUAAAUGCAGGCAGUUUGUUUCAUAGGCAUGGGGGAACGGAUUCAAAGGAUUUGAAGCCAAGCUGUACCCUCAAAUGCGACUUUGAUUGGAAAUUUAAUGUACCCGGUACUGUAGAAAUGUCUGUGGGUAGCCUUUUUGUUUUUAAGGGGGGGGGGGAGGAGUGGGGGAGUGAUAUGCUAUCAGUCAUUGUACAUUAUGUUGAUUUGCAUAUAGUGUUCACAAGGCUAUUCUACAUGUGGAAAACAAGACUUUGUUUCCUUGCGCAACUCAUUUUGUUUUAUAAAUGUGUUUUAUGAUAUGAAUAUCAUUAUUUGGGCGCUCAAGUUGCUCUUGAGAUGAGCGAUGGUGUCUGGCAGGGGUGUUAGCCAUUCAAAGAGUUUUUAUUUAUUAUAUUAUUAUUGUCUCCUUCAUCCCAUCUCCCUCUUUGUCUCUAUUUACUUGGAUUUAUACAUGAACAGCACAUUCAUUUACUUUUUGGACCCGAGAAAAGAACAUAAAGUUCAAUUUAGCACUAUAAAAAUUUCUUCAAAUCAGUUAAAUAUGUUUUUAUAAAUAUAAACAGUAUUAUUUAUGUUCAUUCAUUUAAAUUUCCGUUAAUAGUUCUGUUAAUAUUCUUUGAUGUAUAUAGAAAAUCCAUUUGAUUUUGUAUAGCAACAGAAAUAUGUAUACUGGUAGGCCUACCUUAUUAUGAUUAUUAUAUUAACAAUUAUGUGCAAUUAUAUUUGAUACUUGAAUACUGUACAUUCUGUUAUGUUUUGUAAGCGUUACACUUAAUUGAUAUAAAUCAUGCUUUGGCUGCUAAUGUAAGGUGAAUAUGAGCAUUAAAUGUUGCACAUUACAAUAUACAAUGGCAUGUGUUAUGGCUAAA